UUAUGUUGCACCUUGAUUUGUGACAUGUAUGAGAAAGCCCCAUAAAGUCCAAGGCACCAGUGACCCACACUGUUGCAACAUGACAGAUGGUGAAGAUGACCUUGACCUUUCAUAUGAGAAAACAGAGGCGUUAUGGGAUUCCAAAAUUGUUGCCUUAAUUUCACAAUCACAAAAAAAUGCUGAAUUAGAGGAAAGUGAACCAUCAUCCUAUGAUGAAGAUGAUGAACCUUUCAGUGCAAGUUUAGAUAAUGAUAAACCUGAAUCUGAAUAUGAAGAUCAGGAAAUUUUAGAAACUGAUAGCUUUAAUUUAUCAAGCCAAAAUCUAGAAGAGACAAAUACCUUCUCUACCUCAAAGAAUGUAGGUGCUGUUACAAGCAAACAAGCCAAAUGGAGCUACAGUAACUUGUGUGAAAUUGGAAUAGGUCCGAAACCUGAUGUGGUGCCCACAGGUGAUUGUGGAAAGGUAGUUCCUACACAAAAUGGACAGAAACUUCAUCAACAUACAUCAGAGUCAGAAAAUCUUAAACGGUCAUCUGGUGUUUCCAAAUUGAUUGUCUUUGAUGACACUGAUGAAGAACUGGAAGAUUAUGUAGACAGUGACAGCGAUGAGGAAGAAAUUAAGAAUUCACCGAGGAGGAAAUUCGGUUCUAGUUCUAAUUUAAAGAGGCCACAUGAUGUAAGUUUUCAGAGUGAAGAUAGUGAUGACAAUUUGAUUUGUAGCAGUCCUAUAGAAUGUAGUUCUAGUCCAGACAGACAGAAGAUUGUAGCCAGGAGGAAGUUCAAUACCAGGAGAUCUGUCUAUACUGAAGUGAGUGAUGUACAUGACAACAAUACCUCUUCACAGAUGGUACAUACUGACACAAAUAAUCCAGCGAAAACAGCACCGAAAAAUUCAGAGAUGGAGCCACCUGUGAAAGUUAUCCGGAUCCAAAAUGCUCAAGGAAAGUCCGACUUUUGUCAGGAUGGAAAUCUUCUGACGGAGGAAAUAAUAGGAAUUUCAAAAGAAUCAAAAUCAGAAGGAAUAAAAUGUUCUACACCUCAAAAGAACGAAACAGGGAAUGAUUGUGAGCCAAUGACAAACCUGUCAAAAAGCAGAGAAAACUUCCUGCUGGUAACCAGACAGGGGAGACAAUCCCAACAAACCAUAAUUUCUAAGUUAGAACAGAACCAUCCCUCUUCAGAUUUAGAUCAAAGUAUUGCCAAGAAAAAGGAAAUUGACAAAGUGUGUGAGUGGUUUCCAGAUGCUUGUAGGCAGUGGAUUAAACUGAAGAUUGAAAUAGCCAUUCAGCUGGGAAAUGAACACUAUCUAGACCACCUUGUUGAUAGUAUGAUAGACGGAAAUUACCCAAAAUCGACCUCCCGGAAUGAUCCGACUUCUAUCCCAGAUGACAAAGAACCUGAUGUAGUGGUUGCUCUUGGCAACAAUAAGAUUAAAGCUCCUUCUCAACCAGCUGGGAGACAAAACGAGACAGAUGCUGGACCUCUUGUACGACUUUAUGGUAAAAAAGUCAACUAUGUAGGAGGACAAAAAGGAAAGGGGAAAGCUGUUGUACCAAAGAAGCCUCUUCGGAAUGCCCUUGAUGAAUAUGAGUCUUCAGAAGAGGAUGAGAAAGAUAUUUGCAUGGAUGCUACAGAGUCUAUGGAUACCCUCCGAGAAAAUGAUGUGUCUUCGUCAUCUUUAACGUGUGAGUCGUGUAAGAUGAACCGGAACUCAGACAUGGUAGUACAGUGUUGUGAUGGCCACCUCAUCUGUAACUCUUGUGUAGAAAAGGAAGUAAAGGAGAUCCUCUCACCCGAUAGCCAGGAGACUCAAAUCAAUUGUCCAAGUGAAAAUUGUAAGAGUAAAGUACCUGAGAGCCAAGCCAAGAAGAUUCUACCAAAUUUGAUCCUAGAACUACUGGAGGAGAAGCUACAUAAACAAGCCGUUGAGUCCAUCAGCAAGAUGGAAGACCUUGUGACAUGUCCCAGUUGCAGUUUCCCAGUGGUGAUGGAUGCUGGUAUCAAGGGGUUUGAAUGCCCGAACUGUAAAAAUACUAGCUGUAGGUACUGUAAGCGACUUUGGAUGAUGACAAGUCAUGAUGAUUGUAACCAGUUCACAACAUUCCUACAGGAGAACCUGGAUAGUAAGGACUUGGAGCCUCCAUCUUACUGGCACCCGAUGCCUGAGGAAGGUGAUAAGGACUAUGUGAUAGUUACCUUGGAGACAAAGUGUGUGGAAUAUGCACACAUCAAGACAAUCUUCUCACACAGCAUGUCCUCCAAACAAAUCACAGCUAUCAGGAGGAUACAAAACCCACGCUUGUGGCAGAAGUUUUGUCUAGCAAGGAAACACAUGAUGGAAGACUUCGGUCAAAACCAGAUCAAUGAGAAACAGCUGUUUCAUGGCACAAAUACCAAGGCUUUUGAUGCUAUAUGUAGAGAAGGACUGGACUGGAGGAUGUGUGGAGAAAAUGGGACAGCUUUUGGUCAAGGUACUUACCUAGCCAAGCAAGCUUCAUACUCAGACCGGUACAGCCAUCCAGCUACAGGAUUUGGAGGUUUCCAACCUCUGCCACCAGGAAGUAGCAGUGCUUCCUUUGCUCAGGCUCUCAGUCUACCUUGGUCUUUCAAUAAUCAACCAAUUAACAACCCAAAUCCAUUUCAACCCACUCAGCAAGGACCAGCUGCCUUCGGUUAUGUGCCUAUGUUUAAAAAAACAUUACGUACCUUUCCUCAUGUGACACAAAUUGUCAGUAGUGCUGGAACAUUUGCUUUUUCCAAUAGCAAUAAAGUCCCUACAUUUAGUGGAUCAUUUGGGCCAACGUAUAACAACACACAAACUUUGUUUGGACCAAGUAAUAUGCAUUCUUCGACAAUAUUUCAUGGCAACACUUACAGUCAAGUGAUACCUACCAGCGUGAGUACACCUGUCGUGAGCAGCACGACUGAUAAAAUUGUCUUCACCAAUGUCGAGGAUACAAUCAACCCAAACAAGAAAUAUAUGUUUGUUGCGCGAGCAUUGGUGGGACGAUAUUGCAUCGGCAACCAUGGAAUGCGCAAGCCACCAAUAGAUCCAGAUGACCCCAAGCGACGUCCAUUCAACUCGUGCGUAGACAAUGUGUUGACACCUUCCAUAUUUGUCAUUUUUGACUGUGCUCAGUGCUACCCUGAGUAUAUAAUCGAGUACAGCACUAGAUGAACAGAAAAAAUGAAGAAAAUGCAAUGUUAAGUGCAUGUUUGUCCAGUUGUGAUGAUAAUCUGUGAUAGAAAUUAAUUUACUUUCAAAUUUAUAUAUCAUAAGCUGUGAAAAUGUGUGGUUAUAAUAAAUAUUGUCUCAAAAUGCUUGAAGUUAUGACAGAAUUAUGUGCAAAUAAUUCGAAAUAUUGAUGACCUUCAUCAAUGUAGAUGCCCAAUUCCAAGGCAUGCCAUGUUCGGAGAUCCUAGAAAAAGAUGUGGUUUUGAUAACUCACCAGACUUUGCCCUGGUCAACCUGAUAUUAGCUUUAUCAGAACCUGUUCAAAUUAUGCAAAAUUGUAGGAUCAUCAUGUAUUUUAUGACUUUUUAUCAAAGUUUCAAAUUUAAAGUAAAUGUUCUGUUGCUGAAUAUAUUGAAAUAAGAUUUUUAUAUUAACAACAUGUGGUAUAUCGUUUAUUUAUAUACAACAGACUUGACAAAGUUUAUUUUUCUCUGAAACUCUUUAGUUUUCUUUUCUGAACAAACACACUAUUUCCUGUGAUACUGAAGGACUAUGGAGUAUGCUCAGUGACUUGGUCACCGCAAGUUGGCAACAAAGUGUAUAAAACUUAACUCAUUGGCUUAUUUUUGUUUUGAAUCUAGAUUUGGAGAGAAAAGACAGAAAAAUCCCUAAUUUCAAGCUGCAGUUGGAGUAAUGAUCUUGACCUAGUCCCACUUUCAUAAUUUUUUUUUAAAUCUAAGUAUAAUUACAUACAUUGUGUAUAUCAAACUCUGCCCUAGACAUUCAGAUUAGGUUGUCUAUCCUCUUUUGUCUUCUAUAGAUCUUCAGUCUUAUUUGUGAUAUUACAGUUUUGAUUGUUGUUGAAUAUUUGAAUAAAUGCUGUUGUAAGGGAAAGAAUAAUGAUAUUUUCUGUAUAUGAUAAAGAUUGUUUUGCUUUUGAUAAUUAUUGUUUAAGAUUAAAAUGAAAUGAUGCCUU